CCGGGCCCGGGGCGCGGCCGGGCGGCGCCGCGAUGGGAGCGACGAGCAGCGGCCCCGACCCGGCCCCGGCUCCGGUGCGGCCCCCCCAGGGCCGCGCCGUGGGGUCGUGGGUGCGGGCGCUGUUGAGCCGAGCAGGGUCGGUGCCGGUAUCGGUACCGGUGCCGGUACCGGGGCUCGCCUUGUCUCCGCGGGGCCCCGCCGAGGAGCCGCCGCUGCCCGGGUGGCCGCUGCCGCAGCUCGUCUCGUUGUUCCUGCCGGAGUUCCCCGUCCGCCCCUCCGCCCGCCAGCAGCAGCUCAAGAUCCUGGGUUUCGUGGCCAAAGGCUCCUUCGGGACCAUCCUCAAAGUGCUGGACUGUGGGCGGGAGAAGGUCUGCGCCGUGAAGGUGGUGCCUAAGGUGGAGGUGCUGCGCCGUGACACCCUCAAACAGUGCAAAGAAGAAGUCAGCAUCCAGAGACAGGUCAGGCACCCGUUUGUCCACGGGCUGGGGGACAGCUGGCAGGGCCAGCGCCACCUCUUCAUCAUGUGCACCUACUGCAGCACCGGGGACCUGCACGCGCUGUGGCGCACGGCCGGCUGCUUGGCUGAGGCCACCGUCCGCCUCUUCGCCGCCGAACUGGUGCUGGUGCUGGUGUACCUCCACGACCUGGGCAUCAUGCACAGAGAUGUCAAGUGCCUGUCUGAUUUCAGAUGGAGAACAUCCUCCUGGAUGAGAGAGGUAAGAGCCUGGUGGCACUGCCUUGGGGACAUGCCAUCCGUGGGGACACCCCGUCCAUGGGACACCCUCUCUACGGGUUCCCACGUGGUGUCCGGCCCCACAGGACACCUCAAGCUCACCGACUUUGGCCUCUCCCGGUACCUGCAGUGGGGCGAGCGAGCCCACACAAUCUGUGGCACCCUGCAGUACAUGGCCCCAGAGGUGCUGAGCGGAGGGCCCUACAGCCACGCGGCCGACUGGUGGUCCCUGGGAGUCCUGCUCUUCGCCCUGGCCAGUGGGGAGUUCCCUGUGGCACCAGCGGGGGACCAUGUGGCCAUGCUGGAACGUGUCAAACAGAGCAGCUACGAGAGCCCACCUGAGUUCAGCCCUGAGCUGGCCCGGCUGCUCGCCGAGCUGCUGUGCCACAACCCCCUGUACCGCCUGCGCUACCUCCACCACUUCCAGGGUCACCCCUUCUUCCGCGGGGUGGCCUUCGACGCGGACCUGCUGCAGAAGGACCCGGUGGUGGUGGCGGUGGCCCCGCGACCUCCUGAGCAGCCCCCACCCGACCCCGCCACUUUUGCCGACUUUGACUACGACCUCGCCGCCCCCCCGGACCGGCCCUGGCCUGGCUGAGCCACCACGGCUGGGACCCUCGGCAUCGCUCAGGGACAUCCCCCUACCCCAGCAGCGGGUCAGACCCAGCUGGACCGGGUCCCCCAAGGGGUUACCCGGGUACCCCCCAAUCUCAUCCCCGGGCACCUCAACUCUGUACCUCUCCCCGCGGGAGCAAUAAACCCGAGAGCCGCGGGCA